CUGUCAGUGUUUUUCAGCGCAUAAAAUAACAGAAAAAACACAAUUUAACUAACAGUUUCCGUAAAAUAUCAUGGUUUCGACUGUACUAACUCCACACCUCUUUUCCCUUCAUAGAACCCAUCAGCUCCACCAACACCGCCGCUGCCUCCACCACCACUUCCCAAACAAGACUGGUCCAUCCAGAAUAAGUAUUAUCUACUCUUCUUCAAGCUUGCAAGAAAUCAAGAAACCAUCGGUAUCACCUCCGCCGCCACCGGACGAUUCAGAGGGAAGAGACUUGUUGAGCUGGAAGAGUAUAAAUCUGCCACCAAUACGGGCCUCGAAGAGAGUGGUUCUGGUGAGGCACGGGCAGAGCACGUGGAAUGCGGAGGGUCGGAUUCAAGGGAGCUCGGAUUUCUCGGUGCUCACUCAGAAGGGCGAAGCUCAGGCUGAGACAUCGCGACAGAUGCUUCUUGAUGAUUCCUUUGAUCUCUGCUUCUCAAGUCCCCUGAUUAGAUCGAAGAGAACGGCUGAGAUCAUUUGGGGUUCUCGUGGGGAGAAGAUCAUAACAGAUUCUGACUUGAGGGAAAUUGACCUCUAUUCAUUUCAAGGCCUCCUAAAGAAUGAGGGAAAGGCCAAGUAUGGUGCCGCUUAUCGUCAAUGGCAAAUUGAUGCUGCAAACUUCAAUAUUGAUGGCCAUUAUCCUGUGAGGGAAUUAUGGGAACGUGCUAGAAACUGCUGGACAAAAAUUCUUACCCAUGAAGGCAAGUCAAUUCUGGUAGUUGCUCACAAUGCUGUUAAUCAGGCUCUUGUUGCAACCGCAAUUGGUUUAGGAGCAGAGUACUUCAGGGUUCUACUUCAGAGCAAUUGUGGUGUAAGUGUGCUGGACUUCACUCCAAAACCUGAAGGUGGGUCUCCAGAUAUAUGCCUUAAUCGUUUAAAUCAGACCCCCAGUUCACCUAUAGCUGCUGGCAGUUCUGUGGGCAGGAAAACCAGUAUGCGAAUUAUACUUGUUUGUCAUGGAGUCUCUGAGAAUAAUCAAGAGGAUCCUCGAUCUCAGAAGGUGAUUGGAAUAAGCCAUAGACAAGGAUGGUGUUGGAUUUUUUUAUGCGCAAUAAUAAAGAGAUGAAAGAGAGAUCAACAGAGUAUUUACGUGGUUCGAUGAUGUGCCUACGUCCACGAGGAGCGAAUGUUCAGUAAACCUAUAUUCUACUUUAUAUUCUACUUUAUAUUAACCACAUACACAACAAUCUCUACCUUGGUAUUCUAUUCACCCUUUAGGAGAAAACACUGAAAAACAUAACCUGAAAAAACACACCAUCUUGAACCAAUAAGUUGGGACACACUCUUUAACACCUGGAGAUGUUAAUCAAGUUCAAGUAAUACUUGAACCUGUUCAUUGUAAUUGGCUUUGUCAACAUGUUUGCCACUUCUCUAAUAACAGUUCUCUUGUAGUAACCAACUCCCUUAUCUUGUGAAAUCUCAUAUCAAUGUGCUUAAUUCUUGCAUAAUAAAUCUAAUGCUUUACUAAGAAGAUGACGCUCUGACUAUCACAAUAUAGUUUUAUUUCAUCUUACUUGAUCCCAAGUUCUUUGAUAAGUCCUCUCAACCACAAUAAUUCCUUGGCUACCUCAGUUGUUGCCAUGUAUUCUGCUUCAGUUGUGGAUAAUGCCACAAGUGACUGCACCAUUAAUCUCCAGUAUAUAGGUCCACCUGUGAAUGUGAAAACAUAACCUGUAUGGACCUUUUGUCAUCCAUGUUGCGUGCAUAAUCUGCAUUUAUGUAUCUCCGAACUCAUCAUGUUGUUUCUCAAACAUUAUCUCACACUCCAUUGUAUCUCUCAAGUACCUGAAAAUCCAUUUUGCAGCUUUCCAAUGCUCUCUGUCGAGAUUAGCCAUUUACUUGCUCACCAUACUGACUACAUGUGCUGAAUUUGAUCUGGUACACACUAUUGCAUACUUCAAACUUCCCACUACGUUGGCAUAAGACACCUUUGACAUCUUUGCAAUUUUUUUAUUCUUUGGGCACUGAUUACUAGACAAUCUGAAAUGAUUUACCAAUGUUGUGUGCCCACUGCUUUUGUAUUAGACAUGCUAAAUCUCUCCAACACUUUCUUCAAAUAAUUUUUCUGAGACACCCAUAGUUUUCUGGCUUUCCUAUCUCUAUUGAUUUCCAUGGCAAGAUUCUUCUUAACCAGUCCAAAGUCUUUUAUAUCUAGCUUGCUACCCAACAAAGAUUUCAAUUUGUCUACUUCAUUCAUGUUCUUAGUAGCACUAAGCAUAUCAUCCACAUACAACAUCAACAAGAACUCUAUAGUAAACACAACAAUCAUACUCACAAUGAAUGUAGCCAAUCUGAAUAAUGUGGGAGUUGAACCUCUUGUACCAUUGCCGUGGAGAUUGCUUAAUCUCAUAUAAAGACUUCCUUAGUUUACGCACAAUAUUCUCUAUUCCUAGUUCCAAGAACCCUUCUUACUGCUCUAUAAAAAUCUGCUCCUCCAAAUCACCAUGAAGGAAAGCAGCCUUCACUAGUUCUAACUCCAAAUAAAAACUAGUCAUCAUUGCCAAGACAAUCCUGAUGGAAGUGCAUCUGAUGGCCGGAGAGAAAAUUUCAUUAUAAUCUACUCUCUUCCUCUGUGAGUACCCAUAGCUACUAAUCGAGCUUUGUAUAUUUUUAUUUCUCCUUCCUUUUCUAACAUUGUUUCUUUCUUUCUAUAUACCUAAUUACACUUUAUCAGUUUCUUCCCCACUGGAAGCUCCACCAAUUCUCAUGUAUCAUUUUUAUGGAAUGACUCAAUUUCCUUAAAUCAUAGGAUCGCUAUUGCUGGUAAUAAGUGCAUAAGAAACUGAAUCCUCGAAUCCAUACUUCAUCGUCUAUCUGUGCCAAUACUAUGAUACUACUCCUCUUCUGAGCCAGAAUUGUCCACUCCCUGAGCAUUAAUACCUAUGUCAACAUUGUCUAGCUCUAUUUGCACCACUUAGCUCUUGCUAUUACCCUCGCCCCCCAAACUGAGCUUUUCUUCUUCUAGAGAAGCUUUAAGCAUGGAGCUUCAUCAAAGAUUGUAUCCCUACUUAUCAUCUUCUUUGCUUUUGGAUCCCAAAACUUGUAACCUUUUACGCCUUUCACAUAGCCCAGAGAAAUGCACUUUCUUUAUUUCAAAUCAAGCUUGGAUCUUUGAUCACUGGAUACAUGGACAUAAGCUGGACACCCAAAUACUCUCAAUUCAGAAUAAUCAACUUCAAUGCUAGUCAAACUUCCUCUACAACUUUCCCAUCUAGUGCUGGUCAUGGUGAUCUGUUUAUAACAUAACAUGCCAUGUUCACUGCUUCUGUCCAAAAACUCUUCGAAAGCCCUGCAUUCAACCUCAAACAUCUUGUCUAUUUUGCAAUUGUUUUGUUUAUUGUCUCCGCUAUACCAUUUCGCUGUUGUGCUUUGCGAACUUUAUAGUGUUGCUGAAUACCAUGCUCCUUAUAGAAUUUCAGAAACUAUAAUCUAUGUACUGUUGUUUGUCCCGAGAUACUUAAUUUUCCUGCGCGUCUGAUUCUCUACUUCUAUUUUCCACGAUCUAACUUUGGCAAUGGUUUCAGAUUUAUGCUUCAUGAAAUAUACCCAAACUUCCCUAAAGAAGUCACUCUCUGGUCCUCAAACAUUAGAAUGCACAUAAUUAAGAAUGUCCUUUGUUUUGUGCUUUCCCAUUUUGACCUAUUCUCUGAACUGUUUCUCAAGUAUACAAAACCUGCAGAAAUUUAGUUUGCAUGAUUUUACUCCAUUUAACAAAUUCUUCUUUUAAAGCUCAAUCAUAUCACGCUCUCAUAUAUGCCACAGUCACAUAUGCCAUAAAAGAGUGUCAUUUGACUUAGAUUCUGCUGUAGCAACUCUAUCUACAAUUGUAUUUCCCAGUAGUAUGUAGAUAUUCCCUGCCAAUUUUUGCUUCAUCAUAGUCAUAGCUCAUUUCUUCACUGUCAAGGCCCCACACUUUGACUUAUAAGAAUAGCUACUGGUGUCUAAAAUGCCUAAAGAAAUUAGGUUCUUUCUCAACUCUGGUACAUGUCUAACAUUCUUCGAAGUCCUCACCACACCAUCGAUCAUUUUAAAUAUUAUGGAUCAUAUUCCAAUGACCUUACAUGAUGUAUAAUUACCUAUCAAAGCAGAUCCAAAAUUACUCGAAUGAUAUGGAUCAAACCAAUCCGGUGAGGAGAUAUAAAUAGGCUAAAUCAAGUACCUAGGAGUCAUGUAAUCUAUUAGAAUUACUUGUAGAGAUUGAUAGCAUGUCUCCAUCUUAAGAAUCUAAGUCUCCUUCUGCAACACUAGUCGAGUUUGAGGACCUAUCAUCUUUCCUUUAAUGUGACCUAUCUGAUAGUACUUGUAGCACUUGACAUUUUUCUUACUUCGAUUCCUAGAUUUUGAUCUUGUAUUUCUUUUGUAAGAGCUACCCCUUUCCUUCUUUCUCCUACGAUCCUGGUAGUCUUUCAUGAUCAACCUCUCACCUUGUGAACUUUUGCCAGUACAUAGUUUUCUCUGGUUGUAGGCUACCAAGGCUAACGUGACUUCCUCCAAGUCGAGAGUCUCUUUACCCCACGUUAGCGUGAUCACUAAGUGGUAGUACAAAGGAGGAAGAGAGCACAUCAAUAUCAUUGCCUUAUCUUCUUCAUCGAACUUGAUUUAAAGUCGUAGAAAAUCGCUAAUAAUUUGAUUGGAGACAAUAGUAUGUUGAAUCAGAUCUGUACCCUCUAUUAUCUUGAACCCGUAUAGCUACUGCUUCAUAUAUGGCUUGUUCGUGGUAGAUGUCGAUAUAUAACAACUCUCGAAUUUUAGCUAAACCUCCGUCAGAGACUCAAUGUCCAUGACGUGAUAUAUGAUCUUGUCUGUGAAACAGAGUCGAAUUGUAACCCUCUACUCAUGCCUCAAGCACUUACCAAUCGGCAGCUGAUGUGCUCUCUGGCUUCUUCCCAGUUGGCGCAUUCACUAUCUCUUGCUGUGCUAACAAAUCCUUUACCCUUCGCUGCCAUAAUUCAAAAUUCUCAGUUCCAUCGAGUUUCAUCACAUCGAAUUUUGCAGUCAAAGAAUUUGCCAUCUAAGCUUGGAUUUGAUACCAGAUGUUGGAUAUUUUUAACGCUAUAGUAAAGAGAUGAAAGAGAGAGAUCAAUACAAGUAUUUACAUAGUUUGGCGAUAUGCCUACAUCCACAAAAAGCGAAGCGGAGAUAUUUUUAUUCAGUAUGAAUAAUAGGGUUACAUCAUCAAUAUUUAUACUAACCUUAACCCAAGCCCAUAAAGACUUUAUGAGAAGAAUUUUGCUCAUGUUGCCAAGAUGACAACCGUUCGUACACUUAUUGCUGUUGCAUAUGUUCGUCAGUGGAGUCUCUCUUAGUUGGAUGUCAAAAAUACCUUUUUGAAUGGAAAUCUUCAGGAGAAGCGUGUAUGGUUCCUUUUUUCUGUCUUUCUUACUCUCCUAGAUAUGUUUGCAAGCUUAAGAAGACACUUUAUGACCUCAAACAAACACCUCGUGCUUGGUUUGAGAAAUUUUUCGUUGUUGUUACCUCUCUCGGUUCUACAUCUAGUCAUCAUGACCCUUAUUAUUCUUUAGAUGCACUUCGAUUGGUCACAUUCUACUUUUGCUGUAUGCUGACGAUUGAUUAUUUCUGGUGAUGAUGUUGGUGGGAUUGCAUAUUUGAAAUCAAAAUUGGCGCGUCGUUUUGAAAUGAAGGACAGGUGCAUUAUCUUAUUUUUGGGGAUUGAAGUUACUUCUUUUCCUAGAGGUUAUCUUCUCUCUCAGUCUAAUUAUGGAUGCUCUUGAGCGUCUUGAGCCCAACACUCGAUAUUUAUUGUCUGAUGGUGUACCCUUGACUGAUCCCACUUUGUAUCGCACCAUUAUUGGAUUCCGGUUUAUCAUAUCAUCACAUGUCCCCAUAUUGCUUAUGCUGUUCAUUUUGUUAGUUAGUUAGUUUCAACUCUUACUAAAGUUCAUUAGGCAGCUGCUGUUUGUAUUUUGCGUUAUUUUUGUAGUACUUGCUUUCAGAGUCUUUUGUUUCCAUUGACUUCUCUUCAGUACUCUGUGCCUACUCUAAUGCUGAUUGGGCCAGUAAUCCCACUGAUUGCAAGUCUACUAUUGAUUUUUAUAUAUUUUUGGGCGAUUUACUUAUCUCUUGGAAGAGUAAGAAACAUAUUGUUAUUUUUCGUUCCUCUAUUGAGGUUGAGUAUCGAGCUAUGACAUCCACCACCACUAAGAUUGUGUGGUUGCGUUAGUUACUUGUAGACAUGAGUGUUCUCUUGUCUUCUACAACUUCUAUCUAUUGUGAUAAUCAAAGUGCUAUUCAGAUUUCUCACAACUCUGCUAAAAGACUUAAUACUAUCACUUGGAUCUGGAGCCUGCAUGUUGAUACUCACAGUUGGGUCCCAUAUUUAGUAGCUAGAUAUGGAUAAGGGGGCAUGGAAUACAUAUGGUGAGCUAAACAAUGGUUAAAGAGCUUAGUUCCAUGAGUGCACAAAUCAUAUUGAGAUUGACUGUCAUCUGGUUCUCCACCAUCCUUAGACUGCUACUAUUUUCCUACCUUUUGUUUCUUGGUCAUUGUAGUUUGUUGACUUUUUCACGAAGUCUCAUCCAAUUCAUCGUUUUCGUUUCUUGCUUAAUAAACUCUCGCUGUUUCUUGCUGUAAUAUUGUGAGUUUGUUGGAAUGUUAGCCAUAUAGCAUAUUUGAUUUGUGCAUAAUUUUAUUUAGUUUCCUUCUAGUGUAGGUUUCCUUUUUGUUUACUCUUCUUAUAAAAAUUUUGAAAUAUUUCAAUAGGCUCUUUAUAUUUAACAUUUAAUUUUACU